AUGGGCGAGUUGGGGGAUGACCGAGUUAAUGCUGAGAGUGGGGAUGAGUCCGCUACUUCCGAUAUCAACCGGGCUGAGGAAAUGGAUGAAAACCGGAAAGCUUGGGACCUAGCUGUGGAAUCAGAAGCUGUGCUAUAUGAUGAGGAAGAUGAUAUAAUGAAGAUACUCCAGGAACAGAAUGAGGCUUUAGCACGGAAGAAAAUGGGGUUGGGAGGAGUGGGGAAAAAGAGUAUGGUGAAGGUUUUUAGAAGGAAAUUUAAUGUGCAUAUGUUAGGAUUGAUAGAGACAAAAAAAGAAAAUUUGACUAAAUUUGAUAUCGUGCAACUGCGGGGAACUGAUGGCGUGGGUUGGGAGUUUGUGGGAGCGGAAGGUGCGUCUGGUGGGUUGCUGUUGAUGUGGGAUGUAACCAUGUUUAAAAUGAGUAACUGUCAUAAAGGAGUGUAUGGCGAGCAUGUGCAGGAGGAGAAACUUGUGGUGUGGAAGGAAUUGAGUUUCCUAUCCGGCUUAUGUCAAGAGAGGAAAGGGACUACUUCCUUGUCAGUGGCUGCAGUAGAGUUUAAAUUGUGGAUUGAAGAUAUGGAGCUAGUGGAUCUAGUCUUAUCCGAUCGAAGGUUUACAUGGUUCAGAGGCCAGUCUUGUAGUCGCAUCGAUAGAGCGUUGGUGAGCUUGGAGUGGCUAGAGGAGUUUUCUGAGACUAGACUACACGGAGGGCCACGGGGUUUGUUAGACCACUGCCCAAUAAUAAUGGAGGUAACAAGGAGAGGAGGGGGACCAAGACCUUUUUGGAGCCUGGAUUCAUGGUUUACUCAUGCGGGGUUUUUGGGGAAGGUGAAGGAUGAAUGGAGGAGCCUAGGGGAGGCUCCUUUCAUGGAUAACUUAAAGGCUUUGACAGGUCCACUGAGCCGAUGGCACAGGGAGAAUUUUGGAGAUAUAGACAAGCGGAUUGAUAAGUUUGAAGAGGAGAUUAGGAAAGUAGAUGAUUUGGUGAGCGACGGAGUAUAUGAUGGAGCAGCAGAAGCAAUGAGGAAGGCGCUAGUGAGUGCUUGUAAGAAAUGGUAUAUCAGGAAGGAGAUUCAUUCGAAGCAAAUGUCCCGUUCCAGGCAUGCUAAGAAAAUGGACAAAAACACUAGAUACUUUCACAAUAUAGCCUCGGCCCGGAUGAGGAACAAUCGAAUUGAUGCCUUGCGGGUUCAAGGAAGACUAGUGAUGAAUCAUUUUCGCAUUAAGAGUGCUAUCAGAGACUUCUAUAAGGGCUUGUAUCAUCAGGAGGCCUCGCCCAAUAUAGGGUUUCGGGAUGGGCUGGUAAGGAAGAUAACUGAAAAGGAGGCAACAGGACUGGAGGUGAUGGGUAUAACAUGA